AUGCUUCUUCGCCGAUUCUGGGGGGUUUCUGUAGCGGCCACGCUGGUUGGGGCUGCGCCGGCUCGGCCUGUUUCUCGAGAUGUCUCGACCGACGUGCUGGACCAGUUGACCCUGUUUGCGCAAUACGCUGCAGCAUCCUACUGCUCGAACAACCUCAACUCGACCGGCACGCCGCUGUUGUGCGCAGCGGGCAACUGCCCAUCCGUGCAGUCAGCGCAGACGAGCACGUUGCACGAGUUUGACCACUCCACCAAAUUCGGAGACGUCGCCGGCUUCCUGGCUGCAGAUAAAACCAACAAGCUGCUUGUACUCUCCUUCCGGGGCAGUCGUACGCUCAGCACCUGGAUUGCCAACCUGGAUUUUGGCCUGACCGAUGCCAGUCUAUGUUCCGACUGCCAGGUGCAUACAGGGUUCUGGCAGUCCUGGCAGACUGUCGCCGACGAGAUGAGAUCCAAGAUCGAUUCCGCGCUGAAAACAUACUCGGACUAUACCCUCGUGUUUACGGGGCAUAGUUUCGGGGCCGCGAUAGCAACACUGGGUGGUACGGCGCUGCGCAAUGCUGGAUACAAAGUAAACUUGUAUACCUACGGCGAACCACGAGUGGGCAACGAAGCGCUGGCCAAGUACAUCACGAAGCAGGCCCAUCUCUGGCGCGUCACACAUACAGAUGAUAUUGUCCCAAAGCUGCCACCGGCAUCCUUUGGGUUCAGCCAUGCCAGUCCGGAGUACUGGGUGACUAGCGGCGACAACAAAACCGUGACCCCGGCUGAUAUCCAAGUAGUCCAAGGAGUGGGUUCGACGGAUGGUAAUGCUGGGACACCAGAGCCGGAUGUUUCGGCGCAUAAUUGGUACUUGUUGAAUAUUGAUGCGUGUCAGUAG